AUGGCUUACAGUGCAACUGCAGAGGGUCUUGAAGUGGCCAGGGCCGAUUCCAAGGAAGUUGCGGUGCCAAAGCAGCAGAUGGAUGUAAAGGAGCUGGACGACUACUCUGACAGCGAAUACCCCGAACCAACGGAGCAUGACCUAGAUACCCUCAGGCGCAUUCCCGAUAGAAUCCCAUGGAUUUGUUUUACUAUCGCUUUUGUUGAAUUGUGUGAGCGAUUCGCUUACUACGGAACUACGGCCGUCUUGACCAACUUCAUACAGCAAGAGCUUCCACCAGGAUCGACUACCGGAAAUGAUCCUACUCCCAAUGGACAACCUGGAGCCCUCGGCAAAGGCCAACGAGCCUCACAGGGUCUCGUACUGUUCAAUAAAAUGUGGUCUUACUUUUCCCCCCUCUUCGGCGGCUACCUUGCGGAUUCCAAAUGGGGUAAAUUCCGAACCAUCCAGUAUUCAAUUGCCCUAGCAAUGUUUGGCCAUGUCAUUAUCAUUAUAUCCGCUCUCCCGCCCGUGAUUCGACAUCCUGAAGGAGCUAUGGUAUGUCUCGCCAUAGGUCUUGUUGUCUUUGGUGCAGGUGUUGGUGGUUUCAAACCCAACAUCUCACCCCUUAUGGUUGAGCAGCUGAAGCACACGAAGAUGCGGGUUAUUGAGCGGAACGGCGAACGGCUAGUUGUUGACCCGUCUCUGACUACGCAGCGUAUUUUUAUGUACUUCUAUCUCUGCAUUAACGUCGGUUCGAUUGUCGGACAGGUUACGAUGGUCUACGCCGAACGAUACAUUGGCUUCUGGCUCUCCUUCACUCUCCCUACAGCUAUGUUUUGCAUCUGUCCUCUCGUUCUUGGAAUUUUCCACAAAAGAUACAUUCAAUAUCCACCGACCGAAUCCGUUCUUGGAAACGCAGUCAAGCUUCUCAAGUUUGCCUGCAAGGGGAAGAUCUCCUGGAAUCCAAGAAAAACUUUCCGUAACCUGGGAUCUCCCUCAUUCUGGGAUGAUGUCAAACCAUCCAACGUUGCACACAAGCCUAAGUUCAUGACAUUCGACGAUGCUUGGGUCGACCAAGUUGCAAGAGGAACCAAGGCCUGUUUGGUGUUUGCAUACUAUCCCCUAUUUUGGCUGGCAUACAACCAGAUUGAUGGAAAUCUUACGUCUCAAGCCGCAACUAUGGAACUUAACGGCGUACCAAACGAUCUCAUUAACAAUUUGAAUCCUCUUGGAAUUGUUAUUAUGAUUCCAAUUUUGGAUUUGCUUGUCUAUCCUUUCCUACGUUGGCUUAAAAUUAGGUUCUCCCCUCUCAGACGUAUGACAGCUGGUUUCUUCGUUGCUUGCUCUGCUAUGAUUUGGGCUGCUGUCGUCCAGAGCAACAUUUACUCCAAAGGCAAAUGCGGCAAAUAUAUGAACAAGUGUGAUCAGCCCGCCCCAUUGAAUGUGUGGAUUCAGUCUGGCGCGUAUGUGCUUGUUGGCCUUGCUGAAAUCAUGGCCUCGAUUACUGGUCUGGAAUAUUCCUACACCAAAGCACCUGCUAACAUGAGGGGUUUGGUUUUCGGUUUCUACCACUUCACAUCCGCCGUGUCCUCUGCUAUCGGUCAGGCCUUCGUCUCGCUUUCUGAUGAUCCACUUUUAGUGUGGAACUACACUGUUGUUGCCAUUAUCGCUUUCUGCGGAGGUGUUCUCUUCUGGUUGACCUUCAGUGGUCUAGAUAAGAAGGAAGAACAGAUGAACAUGAUGAAGGAGUCUGAAUACCGCGGCCGCCUCAGGGACCGGCAAGCCAAUAAAUUGGACGUGGAACUCAAAGAAUGA